AUGACUGAUACGAGCAACGAAACACAGGUCAAAUCGACCUACAAUGUCCCCGACUGGUUUGUCAAAGACCAUAUCAAAACGCCGACCGAGCAGGGGAAAUCGAAAAUCGCCAUCGUCAAGACCCCAUCACCCACAAUCGAGUCACAGGAAGACCCCGAAAAGUACGAACUUCAUGAGGAUCUCUAUGCGGAUUUCCGAGACAUGGUUGCCGGUACUAUACUCAACAAAUAUGAAAAUUCACCAGCGACACUCGUGUUGGAUCCAGAUGAGCCUAGCUUGAUUCUCCAAGCCAGAUCGCUGGUUUACGGAACAGCGAUCCUCACGCACUUGGCCGGAGAGCUUAAUGUGACGUUAGUCAAUUUGGACAUUGGGGAUCUCCGAAACCUUGCAUGCGACUUCUUCAUUCAGGAUACGGCCAUUCGCGAGUCACAAAAGACGGGUACAGACAGUGAAACUUCAAAUGGAGAGGAUGGAACUUCGAGCUUAGGGGAGGUUGAUGAUUCCCAGGGCUGUCCAACGCCACCCAGUUCUACUUGUGAUGACCCUGGUGUGCAUGCUUUGGAUGAGGAGAAUACGAAAUCUGCCCCGAUUGAGAUUUGUGGUAUCGAUGACACUGGAGAAAAGGGGGAAUUGGCAGAUAAACAGUCUGUGGAGCGGAACGAGGAGCACAAACAGGAAGACAAGCAGGAAGACAAGCACGAAGAAGCGAGUGGCAAGUCGAAUGAAGAACAGAACCACGCACAGGAAAGUGCUGAAAAUCAGAACACCAAAUCCCCAGACCUGGAAGACGACGAAGAGACGAUAAGCCGGCUUAAUGACCUGAAGGGAAAGCCCGACUUGGACGAAAUCAUGGACAUCUUUUUUGCUUCACGAUGCGAAAGUCAUGCAGAAAGAGGGGUCUUUCACCGUACGAAGCGAUCCAUCCAGAGUAUUAUUGAAGCUGCCUGGACAAAAGCCCAGAGUAUGUCUAGUUCCCUUACAACAAACAGGCCUCCAGUCAUAAUACACCUUCGCGGUGCCCGGUCGAUUCGGACAGCGAAUAAUGGAACAAAGAUACUGAAGAAUCUUCGAGAAGUCGUCCAAGAGUAUCGGCAAAAGCAGGUGCCGGUCCUGAUUAUUACUACUGUGGUGGAACAACAAACGGUAAUCAUGAACAGCAAACUGCUUACCAGCAACGUGUCUGCUGUUCAAUUCAACCUUGACACUCCAAUGUUGUCCAAGUACGAGGCACCCUUUGAAGAGGAGAGGAAGCGACAUACUAUUCAACAGCGGAAUAUAACAGUCAAACAACACCUACGGCUAAAUCGCAACUAUACAGUAUGGUCACACCUCUUUCCGCACGACUUAGAUUUCGACCUUUCCGAUACACCAAUAAAUUCCCAAUUGCCUGAUCUCGCCCGGACUGCAAACCAGAUUGCAGGUUCAUUCAUGACCAAAGGUAUGUUGGAAAUACAAGAUAUCCGGGAUAUAGUGGCGCGAGGGAUUCGGUUGGCGAAUGAAGAUCAUCAGUCACCCGAGUCACCUGAGGAAGACAAGCCGCACCGCAGCAUCUCGGAUCGCCUUGAAGAGAUCCGUGGCUCAUGCAAUAAAUACGAGCAAAAUCUUUUUACCAAGGUUAUCGAUACGGAAAAGCAGAAAGUGACGUAUGAUGAUGUUGUCGUCGAAGAUAGCGUCAAAGACACAAUGAAAUACCUGGUCCGCCUGUCGCAAGUCCAUCUUGAAGGUGCCUCCCAAGCUCUUGUGGACAGUGUGAACGUCAAAGGGGCAUUGUUGUACGGUCCGCCAGGGACAGGAAAGACCCAGCUGGUUCGAGCAAUGGCAAGCGACUCCAGCUCUUCCAUGAUCGUCAUCACAGCAUCAGAUAUUGAAAGUAAAUGGGUCGGCCAGACAGAGAAGAAUAUCAGCGCAGCGUUUUCUCUAGCACGAAAGCUGUCACCAUGCAUCCUAUUUAUUGAUGAAGUGGAUGCCUUACUCUACCGUCGCUCUUCUUGCGAUCAAAGCUGGAGACGAGAGAGUCUCACUCAAUUCCUCCAAGAAAUGGACGGGCUCUCCAAUAAUAAAGACGCUCCAUUCGUUAUCGGGGCUACCAACCACCCAAUGGAUCUUGACGAGGCAUUCCUCCGGCGUCUACCUUACAAAGUAAUGUUUGGAAUGCCUGGUUUGGAGGAAAGAGAGAAGAUUCUAAAGAUCUUCUUGAAAGAGGAUGAUCUAGAUUCAUUGGUUAGUGUCAAGGCGCUUGCCCACCAAACAGAAGGAUACACAGGCUCUGAUCUGCGCUCGCUUUGUGGACAAGCUGCGCUGGACUUUGCCAUUGAACAAGCGAAAUCUCGAUCCGUCAAUGAGGAUGGCACUGAGGCUUCCGUUAAGCUUCGGCUGGGUGUCAAUCAUUUUGUAGGGGCACUUCGAAAGGUUCAGCCAAGCGUCAGUGUCAGGUCCCACCGAGAGAUUGAAAAGUUUAGUAGCCUUUUCGACCCUCAAAACAAGAUGCCAUGGCCUUGCAUAGUCGGUGUUCAAUUUCCAGACUUGAAUUGA